UGACAAAAGAAACCAAUCCAAAACAAUUCCAUUAGCGAAGUCCAAGUUCAAUCUAAAUAUUAGUACUUGCUAUUUAAUUUGGAGGGAGAUAAUGAAGAACCAAGUUGUUCUUUUCAUUUGUUUGUUAUUUUUAGUUCAUACCGGAGAAUCAUUGAAGUAUACACUUAUCGGUGAGUUGGAAGUUGCAGCAUCUGCUAAUGAUGUAUGGGCUUUUUUCGCCUCAAACGACGCCCCUAGAAUGUUUGUGCAACUACUUCCAGGAGUGUUUGACAGAAUAGAGAUUCUUGAAGGUAACGGCGGCGUUGGCAGCGUUCUUCGCGUUGUAUACCCUGCAGGGUCAGUUCCUCUAACGAACUUGGAAAAGUUCGUGACGAUUGAUAAUCGCAGACGUCUCAAGGAGAUACUACAGACUGAAGGAGGAUAUCUGGAUUUGGGUGUAACAUAUUUCAUGGAGAGUUUUCAGAUCAUAAGGAGAGGUGCUAACUCGUGCACCAUAAAAUCCAUGAUAAACUAUGAAGUCCCUGAUGAUCUCGCUGCCAAUGUUGCUCCUCUCAUCAGUAUUGAGGGUCUCAUAAACAUGGCUAAAGUUGCUGCCAAGUACGUCAUUGAUAACAAGAACAAAGCUGCAUCACUUGCUGAUAUGUAAUUUCACAAUGUUUCCUACAGAAUAAAGUUGCUAGUCCCACUAUUUGUUGAGUGUACUCUUUCGCUUAUGAAAAGGUCUGGCAAUGUGAUUGUUACUUCCUAAUAAAAAUUAGAUAGCAAUAAGUUUCAAUAUACUAUUACUACAAAGACUAGUCAAUAGAACCCAUUUUCGGA